AUGGAAGAUGAUAAAGAUUCAGCAACAGUGGGAAAGCGACAGGUGAAGCCUACAGCUAAGGCAAUGGAGGAUGCAUUACAAAGGAAAAUAGGCUCAAGAAAAGCUAAGUUGGGUCAGCUAACAGAGAAAAAGAAUGAGAUGCUGCAGUUAAUGGAGGAUGAUGGCAAUGUGGAAAUAGUUAAAACCAAGUUGGCUACAGAAUUUAAUCACAUCUUUGGAGAGUUUUGUGAACUGAAUAAAACUGUAAAGGGGCUAUUUCAGCAAGCUGUGUCAGGAGAGGACAUGGAUAAUGAUCAGCAGCAUUGGUUUGAGCCCAAAGCAGAUACAAUGAGAAGCUUUGUUGACAACGUGGAUGCUUGGAUAAAGGAAGUCCAUCAACGUACGAAGGAAGCUAAAAUGGUUGAUGAGAGUGUUCAGCCUACGGACAGCAUAUCCGUAGCAGCAUCUAGGAAGUCUAGAAUGUCCAAAAGCAGCACUGGUCAAUCUUCAGCAUCUUCAGCUUGCUUGAAGGCAGAAUUGGAGAAGGCUGCACUCUUGGCACAGGCAGCAGCUUUAAAGAAACGGCGAGCUUUGGAGGAGCAAGAAGCUAAACUUAAGGCUGAGAAGGAAGAGCUUGAAUUGCGAACUGCUUUAGCAGCAACUGAUGCUAAGCUUAAGAUUUUGCAGAGGUUUGAGGGAUCAGAUGUGUCACAUAGAGAUGACAAAGUAUCUUCCGUCCAGAUGCGGUCAGCUGGGGUACGGACUGAUCGUCACAGAGCGACUACUGAGGAUUGUGGUGGUGAGCAAAACAGGAUGCCCAUCAUCCAGCCUCAAUCAGCUAACUCUGUACAGGUAAAUCAGCCAGCUAUCAGAAAGAACAGCCACUGUUCUUCAGGCAACAGUUCUUCUCACUCAGCGGGCGUAGAAGCUUCACAGACGUUGUUAGCUGUUAUGCAACGACAGAACGACAUUGCAGAAGUCCUUGCAAUGCAACAAAGACUUUCUACUCUACCUCCUCAGAACAUUUCCAUCUUCAGUGGGGAUCCAUUGGAAUAUAGACUGUUUAUCAGAGCCUUUGAGCAUGGAGUAGAGUGUAAAACAGAAAGCAGAAAGGAUCGUCUUUACUUCUUGGAGCAAUACACUUCUGGACAGCCCAGGGAGCUAAUACGCAGUUGUCUGCAUAUGGAUCCAGAAAAAGGCUACUGUGAAGCAAAACGGCUUCUGAAAGAGCACUUUGGCAACGAAUACAGGAUUUCUGUGGCAUACAUAAAUAAGGCUCUAGGCUGGCCUCCAAUAAAGACAGAAGAUGGUGAAGCCCUCAGCGCAUUGGCACUAUUCCUCACCAGUUGUGGCAAUGCAAUGUCAGACAUGGAGUACAUGGAGGAGUUGGACAACGUUGCCAACAUGCGUGCCAUUGUGAAUAAGCUACCGUACAAACUCAGGGGAAGGUGGAGGAGUGUUGCCUGUGAAAUAGAGGAGACAGAAGCUCGGCGGCCUAAGUUUAUGGACCUUGUCAAGUUUAUUAACACGCAGGCUAAGUCGGACUACCACUUUGCAUCUAUGGCUACGAUCGGAUCGCUCACGGAGUUUGCCGAGGGAGACGGCGACUGGAUUGAAUAUGUCGAGAGGCUGGAACACUUUUUCUUAGCAAACGACAUUUCGGACGAAGGAAAAAAAAGGUCAGUUUUUCUCAGUGCGUGCGGAGCGAGGACCUACAAGUUGAUACGUAACCUGACGACGCCUCGGAAACCCGGGGACUUCAGUUUCAAAGACCUGGUGACGUUGGUGCAAAAUCAUCACUGCCCGAAACCCUCCGUGAUUGUUCAGCGGUUCAAAUUCCACACUCAUUCACGCAAGCCGGGAGUUUCGGUGGCUGCGUAUGUGACGGAGCUGAGACAGCUGUCGGAGCACUGUGAGUUUGGAGGCGUGCUGGAUGACAUGCUCCGCGACAGGUUGGUGUGUGGUAUAAAUGAUGAUGGCAUGCAGCGUCGGUUGUUAGGGGAGCCCACACUGGACUUUAAGAAAGCUUUGGAAAUUGCUCAGGCAAUAGAAACGGCAGCUAAUAACACUAAAGACAUUUGGAAAGCUAACAACAAUAUGCAAUCAACCGAGGUGCAUCAUGUGUCUCAGAGUGUGAGGGGCAAACCGAGGGAGCUUUUGGAGUGUUACCGGUGUGGGGGAGCACACUUUGCCAAGGACUGUGUUUUCAAAGACAGUACCUGCCAUAACUGCAAGAAAAAGGGGCACUUAGCCAAGAAAUGCAGGGGCACUAAGGAGAAAUCAAAGAAGGAAUGGAAGACAAAACACAAACUAAACACACAUCACCUGCAGAGCAUGGCGCCUGAGGAGGAUGAGUGUGUUUUCAAUAUGUUUAAUCUGGUUGGCUUUAAUAAGUGCCGUGCGGAGCCCAUCUAUGCCACUAUCCAGGUAAAUGGGAAGGAGCUACAAAUGGAGGUGUAUACAGGGGCCUCAGCUUCCGUGAUCAGCCAAGCCACCUACCACAGCUUGUGGCACUCGGGCGGGGCACCAGCUCUCCAAGCGACUGAGAUAAGCCUAAGACAGUACACGGGUGAAUGCAUUCCCCUGCUCGGUGCCAUAGAGGUGCAUGCAGCAUAUCAGGGUCAAGAAGCUGCAGCAACACUACUAGUGGUGAAAGGGGAGGGGCCUAGUCUGCUGGGUCGUGACCUUCUGCAGAAAAUCCGCCUGAACUGGAGGGAAAUCAGGUAUGUAACUGUAAUAGCAGAAUUACUGGGAAAGUAUGCUGAUGUGUUCAAGAAUGAAUUGGGCACUCUCCGGGGCACCACUGUGAAGCUGUGUGUGGAUCCUUUUGCCCGGCCACGCUUUUUCAAACCACGCACUGUACCAUACGCCAUGAAGGCCAAGGUGGAAGCAGAGUUGGAGAGACUACAACAGAUAGGGGUCAUUGAGCCAAUAGAGUUCUCGGACUGGGCAGCCCCGAUUGUACCAGUGUUGAAGGAGGACGGAGGGGUGCGUAUAUGCGGUGAUUACAAACUGACAGUAAACCAAGCCUCUCAGCUCGACGCCUACCCUCUGCCUCGAGUGGAUGACCUGUUUGCCACACUGGCAGGUGGUCAGACAUUCACGAAGUUGGAUAUGAGUCAUGCUUACCAGCAGUUGCUGCUGGAUGAGGAAUCAAAAAAAUAUGUGACAAUAAACACACACAAGGGGCUGUUCAAAUACAACCGCCUGGUGUUUGGCGUUGCAUCCAGUCCGCGCACCAUGGACAAUCUUCUGCAAAACAUUCCUGGUGUUGCCGUUUACUUGGAUGACAUUUUAGUUACAGAUAAAACAGAAGAGGAGCAUCUGCGUAACCUUGAGCAGGUGUUGAAGAAGCUCUCAGAAGCUGGGUUGCGGUUGAAGCGCAGUAAGUGUGUUUUCCAAGCCCCUAGUGUGACAUAUUUGGGUCAUCGCAUCUCUGCUCAGGGCCUGUCCCCGCUGGAAGAGAAAGUGAGGGCAGUAAAGGAAGCCCCGAGUCCAAAGAAUGUAACUGAACUAAGAUCAUUCUUGGGCUUAGUGAACUAUUAUGGGAAGUUUUUGCCUGACCUCUCCAGCAUGCUUGCUCCCCUGUAUGGGCUACUGCACAAAGACAGUCAGUGGAGGUGGUCCCAAGCACAGGAGAAGGCUUUCAGACAGGUGAAAGAACUGUUACAAUCGGCACCGCUCCUGGUGCAUUUUGAUCCGGAGAAGGAGGUGGUCCUGUCCUGUGAUGCCUCCCCGUAUGGCAUAGGAGCUGUUCUUUCACAUCGCAUGGAAGAAGGGGAAGAAAAACCGGUCGGAUAUGCGUCACGCACGCUCACAGCAGCAGAAAAGGGCUAUUCACAGCUUGAGAAGGAAGGCUUAGCAAUAGUUUUUGCUGUGAAACGCUUUCAUCAGUACCUGUAUGGCCGCCCAUUUACUGUUGUUACAGACCAUAAGCCCCUCCUGAGUCUUUUUAGUGAAACAAAAGGCAUCCCACCCAUGGCUUCAGCCCGGGUUCAGCGCUGGGCAUUAACACUGUCGCCAUACCAGUAUCGCAUUGUUUAUAAGGCGGGACCUGAAAAUGCGAAUGCAGAUGCUUUUAGCCGCCUCCCCCUCUCGGAGGUCCCCGACCAGUCGAACAUGCCCCCAGAAACUGUGUUUUUGCUGGACAGGCUGGCGAACACUCCGGUCUGUGCUAAAAACAUCAAAGCAUGGACUGAACGGGAUCCAGAGUUAUCUCAGGUUAAACAGUGGCUAUUACAGGGCUGGCCAGCAAUAGUGGAGCAGGAUCAGCUCAAACCGUAUGCCAAGCGUCAGCAGGAGCUCAGUGUUCAAGAUGGCUGCAUCCUGUGGGGUUCCAGAGUCAUUGUUCCGCCUCCAGGUCGGUCACAGAUUAUUGAAGUGUUGCAUGAGGCUCAUCCAGGGAUUUCUCGAAUGAAAAGUCUGGCAAGGUCAUUCGUGUGGUGGCCGGGAAUGGACAGUGCUUUGGAAGACAAGGUAAAAGCCUGUUCUCAAUGUCAGUCAAACCAAAAAAUGCCACCACCUGCCCCACUCCACCCAUGGGAGUGGCCUGGCCGUCCAUGGUCCAGGCUUCAUCUAGAUUUUGCCGGCCCCUUUUUGGGCCACAUGUUCCUGGUGUUGGUGGAUGCGCAUUCAAAAUGGCUGGAUGCCCACAUAACGCCAACCAUCACAGCCCCAGUCAUCACAGACACACUCCGGAGAAUCUUUGCAACACAUGGAUUACCUGAGGCAGUGGUCACGGACAAUGGGCCCACGUUCACAAGUGGGGUUUUCCAAGAAUUUAUGGAGAGAAAUGGCAUCCGACAUAUCCGCACCGCCCCCUACCACCCUGCCUCCAAUGGCUUAGCGGAGCGCGCCGUGGAGACACUGAAAGACGGUCUGAAAAAAAUGCCAGGUCUUUCAAUAGAAAAGCGGCUCUGCCGUUUCCUGUUUCAGUAUCGCAUCACGCCUCAUACAACCACAGGCUUGUCCCCAGCGGAGUUGCUGAUGGGGAGGAAGCCCAGAUCUCAUCUGGAUCUUCUUCGCCCAGAUGUGGGAGCCAGGGUCACCCAGUCACAAAGUGGGCAGAAGGUGAGACAUGAUCUACAUGCCAGAGGCUGUGUUUUCAAGCAGGGAGACUGUGUGUAUAUCAAAAACUUUACGGGUGGCUCACGGUGGCUGCCUGGCGUCAUUCACCACAGUUCGGGUCCAGUAUCUUUUGUGGUGGAGUUAUUGGAUGGCAGACGAGUUCGCAGGCACAAGGAUCAUGUGAGAGCCCGCACGGACAGAGCUGAGAAGAGGGCUCAGAGUGGUUCGCAUGCACAUGGUGGAAACAGGGCUGUGGACAUCGUGGGGCCUCAGAGUGGUUCACCCGGAGGGGAAGUCAUGUCAGCAGCCCCUGAGAUCGGGAUUGGUUCUUCAGUAUCACCAGAAGGGCUGGUGGAGCAAUCUAAGUCACCUGAGCCGAACCCGGCCACAGGAGCUCAGCAGGCUCCUAGCCUGGAGAACCCAGCAGCAGGACUGAGAAGGUCAAAGAGGCAGCACAAGCCCCCUGAUAGACUGACUUAUUUCUUUGGAUUACAUAUAUAUUCUUUUUUGUUUUUGCUGUUUUUUCUCAGACUGAGCAGCUGUAACAUCUCAGAGAAAGGCUGUGAAAAUUUGUUGCCAGUGGUCAGCUCCCAGUCCUGUAGUCUGAGAGAGCUGGACCUGAGUACCAACAGCCUGAGUGAUUCAUCAGUAAAGCUUCUGUCUGCUGCAGUGGAGAGUCCGCAAGCCAUACUGAAUAUUCUGAGACUCAAUGUCUGUGAACUCUCAGAGAGAUGCUGUAAAGCUCUGUCCUCAGUUCUCAGCUCACGGUCCUCUAGUCUGACAGAGCUGGACCUGAGUAUCAAAAGCCUGCAGGAUUCAGGAGUGAAGCUUCUGUCUGCUGGACUACAAAGUUUAAACUGUAAACUGAAUACUCUGAGACUGAGUGGCUGUAACCUCUCAGAGAGAAGCUGUAAAGCUCUGUCCUCAGUUCUUAGCUCCCAGUCCUCCAGUCUAAGAGAGCUGGACCUGAGUAACUGUGAUCUGCAGGUUUCAGUAGUGAAGCUUCUGUCCGCUGGACUAAAGAGUUCACAGUGUUCAGUGGAAACUCUCAGUCUGUCAGGCUGUCUGAUCACAGAGGAAGGCUGUACUUCUCUGGCCUCAGCUCUUGGACACAAACUAUUUAUGCAGUAG